UCCUUAAAUGCUCAACAACGUUAGAGAGGGAGAGAAUGUGUGUGUGUGUGGGGUUAGGACAAUACGCGACAUAUUUGACGGGCGAAGACGAACAAAACAAAAACCAACAGCGACAACAACAACAACAACAAUUGCUCUCGAUCGAUCCAUCCAUGGUGAAUUGGUGAUCGCUUCCCCUUCUUCAGUACACAUCGGUCUUGUCUAUUGUCAAUUUUGUCAAAUAGAAGAUAAUUGUUGCUUAAUGUCUUCUGGGGCCAGUAGCAGUUGGAUGAGAUGCCCUUUGGACGGUCGGCGAGCUCUUGAUAUUGCUGGCAUAAGCUUUAGAUACCGGAGCCCAUUGUUUGGAUCAGGGAAAUACAAUUGGUUGUCUGCUGGAAAAGAUGGUUGCCCAUCAAAAGUUUGGGUGGCUGCAGAUUAUUCGGACUCAGUUCCUGAUUCAUCAAAUUACAUGGGUGAUCGAGGAUAUCAUCCUCUUGAGGAAGUGAAAGUUAGCCGGAGGAGGAGCACGGAGAUAAUGUUAACAUCUGCUGAAAUAGCAAGGACAACUGUUGAGGCUAACAGCAGUGCCUUGUUGGUAUUCCCUGGGAUGGUACAUUGCGAACCACAUGAACAAAUUUCAUGGGCUGAAUUUCAUUAUAUUAUCGAUGAUUAUGGAGAUCUAUUUUUUGAAAUUUUUGAUGAUGAAAACAUAUUUCAAGAUCCCAGUGCAAUUAAUCCUGUGAAUGUUUUGAUUGGGAUGGAUAUCUCAAUGUAUAUGAGCAGAAGGGCAGAUGGUAACUAUAACAACAUUUCAAACGCAGGCAGUGUUGCUGGUCUCCCUUUCAAUGAUGAUCAUUUUGAGACUAUGGAUCCUGAAGCAUUGGAUAUUCUGGUUGAUUGGGGGAUGCUGGAUAUUAAUUAUGGGGUUCAUCCUUUGCAUUUUGCAAAGUGUUUGACAAAGGCAGUUAAUACCAAAUACUCAGAAGAUAUGGAGCAUCCAUCGAACGGGCUUUCAAUUAUUGGAUGUCUAAGACCUGCUUUUUAUGAUGAGGAAUCGUAUCUAAGAGGGCUCUUUCACAAUGAAGAUGGUGAUGGGUAUGCCUCAGACUGGAAAGAUGGUGAGAGAUUGAACUUCAAUUCUCAGAGUGCUGGAGACAACAUAUGUUCAACAUUAUACAAGUUGGAGAUUAUGCGGAUGGAAUUGUUCUCUGUAUAUGGAGUCCAG